AUGUCUUCUACUAUUGUAGCAAGAAAGGAAUCACCAUAUAAUCCUUUUCUUACACAGGUAUUAUUACCAGGCUUCAGAAUUGGAAUCAUCUUUUUGGCUUUGGUUGUGAUUGGAUUAAGCACCUGGUUAGAGACAAAUGAAUCAAUUGAAGAUUGCUCUUUCAGAAGCAGCCUAUCAUUUCAUCAAAUUUACCUGUACAGAAAUAUUUCAAGUAAUUUAACGACACCAGACUCAGUUUCUUUUGGUUUAUGGAAGUCGUGUUAUUUAUACGCCCUGAAUUGUUCAUGUACGCCAACCAAUUUGAAAUACCAACCAGACAUCUCAACAUUACUACAGGUGGCCACUACGCAUAAAGCUGUUCCACCAGUAUCUACCAGCAGUACAUCACUUGCUAAAGUUCUACCAUUAUCUACAGCAAUUGUUUUUUGCUUUAUUGCCCUUCUAAUAGGAAUCUGGGUUAACCGCUGGCACCACUAUCAAUACCAUUAUCGCGUGUCGACAAAAAGAUGGGUCGUUUAUCCUAAACUAACCGCCACCAUUCUAUUAUUACUGGCGGCUAUUUUGAGUGCUUAUGUUUUUGGCUCAACCUACACAUCUUAUUUCAAUCAAAUCAAACAUGUUUGUCAGGAUCCCAACAACAAAGUUUCUUGUGCUCGACAUGCUAUUGGCAUUGAAGUCAUUCUUUUUGGAAUCACAUCAGGCCUUCUGUUUCUAGCAUUCCUCUUUUGGUUCUACUUCUCAAAAUCUACUUACAACAACACGUCCUCCAACGCUAUAAACGAAUAUAAUGUUAACACGGUUGCAUAUGCGCCAGAAGACGAUGAACUACCUGAUAGUACCCAAUCACAAUUUCAGCAGCAGCAGCAGCAUAAAUUACACCAACCACAGGACGAAUUGGCAGUUUGGCGCGAUGUUGCCAUGUAUGAUAUUCAGGAAAAGAAAACUAAGAAGGAAAAAGGUAUCAAUAAAUGGAGUGCCACUAAACAAGCGUACCAAAAUCAGACACAUAUGAACAGUAAUGGCUUGUCACCACUUCCACCGCCUCCGGCAGUUUUGACACCUACAUUGCCAUUGAUAGAUAACAUAAGAAGUUCAAAAUCACGUUUAACAUCAAAAGACUAUCGCGAACGAAAGUCGUCUCAACAUCCUUACUACAUAUCAACAACAUCACCAAGCCCACAGUACGACAAAAAGACUCAUGGACAUUUUACCAAUAAGCAUAACAGUAGCCAUUAUAAUAAUUAUAGACGAGAAAGUGAUGAUUCAGCCUUCACUUUUGGGAACCAUCCAACACCACGAGGCAACAAUAUAUCUAAGACUAGGUCGCCACACCCUAUGAUUUCCUACUAUCCAAAGACAACAACCAUAAAUAAUAGGGGCUCUUUUUGUAUGACACAUUAUCAGAAUGAUAGUUAUUCUUUAGGAUCGAGUAAUAGCAGUGAUAGAGCAGCGGCGAGAGAUUCAACAGGUAGUUUAAAUUACUUUGAUCAUCAACAGCAUCAAGUGCCCAUUUUGAAUAUGCCUCCUGCAGGUAAUUGUAUCAAUACGUCCUUUAUGGAGCAUCCUUUAAAUAAGAAGGUCAUCAAAGACAAGCGCAUACAAGAGUAUUUACAGAAGCAAUAG